CUUAUUGUGUGAGCGAGUCGUCUCGUUUUAUUUUCUCAAUUUAGUUGUAUCAACUUGGGGUUCAGGACUCAAAUCCUGUCCUAAAUCCGACUUGAAGGUCGAAAGCGAGACCACUUGUCGGGUGGUUGUGUUGCAGUGUGUAAUAUUGAGCCGGGUUUCUGGUGUUAUUCCUUUGUAAAUACUGUUAUUUGUAUAUACUGUAAAUGAUGACGUCCAUGGGCGGGAACCGAGCCCGGGGCAGCUGGGAGCAGACACAGGGCCAGACACAGAGCCAGACACAGCACAAGCAGAGGCCUCAGGCCACCGCAGAGCAGAUCCGACUUGCGCAGAUGAUUUCAGACCACAAUGAUGCAGACUUUGAAGAGAAGGUCAAACAGCUGAUCGACAUCACAGGCAAGGACCAGGAUGAGUCUAUGAUCGCACUGCAUGAUUGCAAUGGGGAUGUCAACAGAGCCAUUAACGUGUUGCUGGAGGGUAGCCCAGACACUGACUCCUGGGAGAUGGUGGGGAAGAAGAAAGGAGUGUCGGGUCAGAAGGAGACCAGCCAGGCAGAAACCGGAGAGGAGGGGAAAGAGAACAGAGAGAAAGGAGGAGAGAAAGAUGCAGCACGUCGUCGAGGUGGAGCUCCACGCAAGGGCCGCGGGGCCAGCAGGGGAAGAGAGUUCCGUGGUCAGGAGAACGGCUUGGAUGGAGGCAAAGCUGGGGUGGCUGGAAGAGGGGCAGAGCGAGGCCGAAGGGGAAGAGGCAGAGGAAGGGGAGCUGUUGGAGUAUCUGGACGGCGAGGAGGCAGAUUUUCGGCGCAGGGCAUGGGAACGUUCAACCCUGCUGACUAUGCGGAGCCAGCCCAGACAGAAGAAAACUAUGGAGGAGGCAGUACCUGGAACAACACAGGAAGUGUGGAGCUAGAGGAGGGAGCUAGGUUGGAAUACUCGGCAGGAGAGGGCACAAAUUAUCCACCCAAGUUUGACUCUGCUCCUGGUGCCUGGAGGUCUGCCACAGAAGAGUGGGGCACUGAGGACUGGAAUGAGGAUCUUUCAGAGACCAAGAUAUUCACAGCUUCCAGUGUGGCGUCAGUGCCUCUGCCUCAAGAGAAUGUUACCAUCACCAAAGGACAGAGGAUUGACCUUGCGGUGCUUCUGGGGAAGACUCCACCAUCGUCUUCUUCAGAGACAGAAAACGCCCCCAUGGAGGCCACCCAGCCCCCUUCUUUGUCCCAAUCACUGGUUUUUAGCAACUCCAAGCAAGGGGUGCCCCUCUCCCAAACAUCCUCCAGCACCCCUUACACCCAGCACAGCAUGGUCAGCAUGCUGAGCAAGGGCUUUGGGGACGUGGGGGACCCUAAAGGAGCUAGCACAGGGACCACUGGAUCCCAGUUCCUGGAGCAGUAUAAAACAGCCCAGGCACUGGCCCAGUUGGCUGCCCAGCACUCCCAGACUGGACAACCCAACACAACACCUUCAUCCUGGGACACCAGUGCCUCAUCACUGGGACAAUAUGAUAUGAAGACUCAGCCAGAGUCUGCGAUCCAUACGCCCUUUACAAAGCGGCAGCCGUACCAGGCCGCCACCUCAACCUCGUCCAUGUUGGAUGUUUUCCUGCAGGACAAAGGCCUGCCUCCUUCCUCUGUCUCCUCAUCUUCUUCCCUACCGCAACAGACAACAUCCUCACCCCAUGUGGGGCCUCCCCCUGCUUCCUCCCUUCCCAAAAUGGCAGCAGUUCCUUCUCUAGGUCAGCAGGUUUCACCGAGUUCCUCAGACGCCCAGGGUUCGAGUCCACUGCCUUUGCAGCAGCACAAACUUAAACAGCAGAAGAAGAGGACCUCCAUUACAACAAAGAUUCCAGCAAUGGCGGUGGAGAUGCCUGGCUCGACAGACAUCUCAGGCCUCAAUCUUCAGUUUGGAGCGCUGCAGUUUGGGUCAGAACCAGUCCUACCGGAGUACGAGUCCACACCUACCACCACGGCACCAGGCAGCCAGGUUCAGAACAGCCUCUACACAAGCCCCAGCAGCGAGUCGACUCCAGCUCUCUCCAACUCCAGCCAGAUGGAUCUGUACGAUCAGAGAGCACCUCAGACACGACGUUACCCUCCUUCAGUCUCGUCCUCGCCUCAGAAGGAUAUGCAGCCCAAGAAACCUGUGAGCUCACCUUCAUUGUUGGUUUUACAGAAUGGCUUCAGUUCAAUACAAGCAACGCAAUCUGUGGAAGCUGCAGCAAGCUCUGCAGUAUCAGUCAAGCCGGCCUCCGAUUCAGUCACGCCAGCUUCUGUCUCCAGCAUGGGCACUUUGGCAGACAGCAGCUCAGGCCCCGCCUCCUUGUUGACCACAUCCAAUCAGACGUCCCUUAGCGCUCUGGGGCACAAUGAAGACCUGCCUCCAAGCACCAUCCCCCCUCCUCAGCAUAACAACUCUCACCCAUCACAACAGAACAGCCUUGCUCCAUCGUCAGUUCGAACAUCCAACACAAGCUUACUGCAUCCCAGCGUAGACGGUGACUCGAGUCUGCACUCGUCAUCCUUCCCUUCUUCUGUCUCAGCUGUGCCGUCUUCAUCAGUCCCCUCUUCCUCUUCCUCUGUGGCUGCUGCACAGGUGUCUCUAGGGGCUCCUCAGGGCUCCUCGGUGGGCUCCGCCACGGUUUCAGCUCCCUCCGGCUUGGGCCCCGUCAGCAGUCUGACCAUGGGCCUCAACACUGCCUCCAUGGGAGCCCCAGCUGUAGCCGCCGCCCCCGUUUCGGUCUCCUCCACGGCGUCGACCAUUCCCUCGUCAGCAACUUCCGCAUCCACACGCAGUUCUGCACCAUCCUCAGGGAAAGCACCUCCAAACCUGCCACCCGGAGUGCCCCCUCUACUGCCCAACCCAUACAUUAUGGCCCCUGGACUACUGCACGCCUACCCUCCUCAGGUGUACGGCUACGAUGACCUGCAGAUGCUACAGACAAGAAUACCGCUGGAUUAUUACAGCAUCCCUUUUGCAACUCCCACAACAGCACUGACUGGCAGAGAGGGCAGCCUCACAAGUAACCCUUACUCUGGCGACUUAUCGAAGUUUGGUCGAGGCGAUGCGUCAUCCCCGGCUCCAGCCACCACAUUAGCUCAGACACAGCAGAAUCAGACCCAGACGCAUCACACCACACAGCAGCCCUUCCUCAACCCUGCGCUGCCACCUGGCUACAGCUACACAAGCCUUCCGUACUACACUGGCAUGCCAGGCCUGCCCAACACCUUCCAGUACGGACCUGCUGUGUUUCCGGUGGCUCCUACCUCGUCAAAACAGCACGGUGUGAAUGUCGGCGUCAAUGCAUCAGCCACCCCCUUCCAGCAGGCUAGUGGCUACGGUUCCCAUGGAUACAGCACUGGCUAUGAGGAUGUGGGCCAGGCUUCAGGGAGUGGGGAUUUCUGUAAGGGCGGAUACGGCACUGCCGUGGCCGCUGCCGCUUCUGCACAAAACAAGCCAGCCAGCUCUGUCACCGGGCCUGGAGUCGGAGUUUCUGUGACGUCAAGCAACACGGGAGUACCGGAUAUUUCAGGGUCUGUUUACACAAAGACACAGUCGUUUGAGAAGCAGGGUUUCCACGCCGGGACGCCGGCCGCUUCGUUCAGCCUACCCUCGGCGCUGGGCAGUGGGGGGCCCAUUAAUCCCCCGGCUGCUGCAGGCUACGCUCCGCCUCCCUUCAUGCACAUCCUGGCACCGCACCAACAACCCCACUCUCAGAUCCUGCACCACCACCUGCAGCAAGACGGACAGAGCGGCACCGGACAGCGCAGCCAGAACGCCUCCAUUCAGCAGAAGUCUCAGAUCAACAAGUCGGCGUACAACAGCUACAACUGGGGGGCGAACUAACAUCCACCGACGGGCCCCCCUGCAGUGUCCACAAGCUGGGAGGGGGCUCCUCUCCUCACUCCCUCCGCAAACGGUCUCCACGUAUAAACUCCCCCUUCCUCCUGCAGAGAUUUCCCUCCCCAGUCUCUUGGCCCAGCACUCCUGCAAGCUCCGGCUCCGGUCGGAGGAGGUGCUGUGCCGAGAGAACGAGCGCUGUCCUGAUUGCAUGGACGGGUGGGAGGGACAGGAGGGGCUCAGAGGGGAGGUCGGAGCUAAAUGGUUAUAGAAAUCCACCGUCAAGAGGUGAAAUAUUGAGUGUUGGGAAUUUGUAUCGUGUUAAUCCCCCCGCCCCACCCCCUUUUCUUUCACUUGUAUGUAACAUAGAACUGUUUUCUAAAAGAAUGAACAUUUCCUGUAUGGUCUUCUUUCUUUUUUAUUUUUAUUUUUUUGUCUUUUUCCCCUUUUUUUUUCUUGCUGAAGGGGAAGAAUGAAGUAUAUCUGAAGGUGGGGGGGACAGGCUGGUUUUGUAUUUCUCACCGACUCCCCACUCCGUUAGUCUGGAGUGUUCCCUCUCUCACAAAAUAUCCAAACACAAUAAUUUGCCGUUGAAUGUUUUCUUUUUAUUUCUUCUCUCUUCUUCUUUUUUAUGUCAUUUUAAGUUUGAAGAAACAAUUCUCUAAAUUGGUAGAGUUGUGAAGUUUAUUUUUUACCAAAUAUAGAUAUAUUAUAUAUAAAGACAUAUAAGCGAGCUCACUGGCUUGGACUGUGAGGAAAAAGUGUGUUUGUCAUGUGACUGCGUGCAUGUUUGUACACACGGGGGCCGUGGUUGUGUACUGUGCUUUGUUUUUCCGCCUAGCACAGGGUUUUUUCAUUAUCCAGCGCUUGUACAGUAUCUGUUCCCAUGAAUUAUGUUGCAUAAGGUCCCGCCUGUUCAUGAAAGAUGUUGAGAGUGAUUUCCAAGGCCAAUACAUGCCCAAUCUGCCUUCCAGUGUGUUUUCUUUAGUUUCUGAGGCCCCCCCGCCUGCUCCCUGCUCCACCACCUGUCCCCUGACAUUGUAUGGAAAUCUGCAGCAUUGAAUACUGAUGGACAGAAUUGUACUAUGUUUUUUUUUCUUUCUUUUUUUGUCAGUGAUUUAUUUUUUCUUUUUGUACUGUGCGUUUUAAAGAAAAAAAAGAUUUAAAUGGAUAAACUUGUCUUGUACAUAUAUAAAAAAAACACAAGUACUGUA